AUGGAAUCUGAGCGAAUUCUAGUGGCUGCAGGUCUGACUGCGGCCGCAGUCGUCGGGGCGUUUGUAUUUUGGGGCCCUUCGACUGGUUCGGGGAGCCGACGUGGUCGCCUUGCCGGUUUGGUAAAUUUAGGCAGGACCUGUUUUUUAAACGCUAUCCUUCACGCUUUGGCUGCUUGUCCGCACUUUGUACAGUGGUUGGAAAAGGAUCCUGCCAGAGAGACAAGCUUAAGAAACACUUUGGCUACAGUACUAUCUGUUGUGAAUGGCACAAACAAAUCAGUACAGGACAGUUUCGCUCCCGCCGCAGUGAUAAACGCUCUAAAACGGUUGGGAUGGGUCAUACCAGCUGGUGAACAGGACGCUCACGAAUUGUUGAACGUAAUUUUAACUACCUUGGACGAGGAAACCCAGAAAAUGAGCAGGAAGGCUGGCUGUCUGUCGGACGCUUUGGGUAUGAACGAAAUAGACGAUGUCGACGAUAACGAGUCCGAAUAUAGUUCGAUGGGCAGCGUGAUGUCUUUGAACGAACUUUGCCGGUCUACUGGGGCUUUGAGUUUUAGGAGUUCGGGUAUUAGGAGAAACAGAUGGAUUUCUAGAUCCUGUAGAGCCUUGCAAAUGUCUGGACCCCCGCCUCAGCCUGCAGGACAGCCUUUUACAGGCACCCUAACUAGUCAACUGCGUUGCAGUGAAUGUGGUCACAAGUCCACAGUAAGAUACGACAAGUUCGAUAGUCUCUCGCUGCCCCUUCCAAGUGGCGCCGGUGACUUGGGCUGGGGCAGACACAAACUGCACCAGCUCCUGACGAAUUUCGUAACACCCGAAGUGAUCCAGGAUGUGCAAUGCGAGGGCUGUAAUAGAGACCGAGAUCCAGCGUCUGCGCCUAUUUUAUCUAGACAGAUAAAGAUACUUAAUUUUGGCAAAUUGCCAAUUUGUUUAUGUUUACACAUAUCGAGAAACAUUUGGUCGCCCAGUGGAAUGUCGAAACGGCAAGAUUAUAUACAGUUUCCGAUGAGGCUUUCCAUGUCCGCUUAUACUUUUAUUCAAGCUCAUUACCAAAGAAAAAUACCUGGGACUUAUACAAGUACAAGUGAAGGUGGCAGUCCUCUCUCUAGCAGUACCCCCUUAUGUUGGACGGGUAAUUCUUUAAGCGAAAUGACCAAUGAACUCAGAAACGUAUAUCAAUUGGCGGCCGUUGUGGUUCACACUGGUGACGCACAUUCCGGCCAUUUUAUAACUUACCGAAGGGGCCAUCAAAAUAAUCGGUGGUUUUACACAUCGGACAUCGAAAUAAAAGAAGUUUCGGUAGACGAGGUAUUACAAAGUACAGCCUAUUUAUUAUUUUAUGAAAAAUCCACUUCGAUGGGCAUGUUUUAA